AUGGCUUCUUCUCCAUCAAUCCCCGCCAGAACCAUUCUGCUGUACCUUCAUUUCGCGCUCUCCUUCAUCCUGGCUGCAUCCUUCUCCGCCGUCGCCACUGCGGCGGCUCAGCUGGCGGAGGCGGAAGCGGAGGUAGUGGAGCUGGAGCAGGUCGUCGGGAAGUCGAAGCAGAGAGAGUUCGAUUACUUCAUGCUCGCUCUCCAAUGGCCUGCCACUUACUGCCGAUUCACCAAAAAAUGCUGCAACCAAAACGCCUGCUGCAGAGGGGAGAACUCCCCUACUGAAUUUACAAUCCAUGGGUUAUGGCCUGAUUACAAUGAUGGAAGCUACCCAUCCUGCUGCGGUGGAUCCAAUUUCAAUGAGAAGGAGAUCUCGACUUUGCUUGAUCCUCUGAACAAGUAUUGGCCCACUCUAAGCUGUGGGAAAUCAUCAACCUGCCAUGGGGUGAAAGGAUCUUUCUGGGCACAUGAGGUGUGUUGUUCAAUCUCUGUCUCACAUUUCCCUCUAUACUUUUUAUCCAGAACUAACUAA